AUGCCUCGAGAACUUACGCCUCCAUCUUCGAGUCGGCCUUCAAAACGUACGCGGAUAUAUCGAGCAUGUCAAUAUUGCGUAUCAGGUAAAACUCGUUGUGAAGACGUACAAGCAGAAGGAUGCUAUCUAUGUAGGAAAAAAGGUAAAGACUGUUCUUUGAAGGGAAUGGGAAGUACAGAACCUACCCCAACCACAAAUAGGAAUACAAAUAUGAAUAUGGAUGGACAAGGAAUGUCAAUGGGAACCGGUCAUGGAAUGGGACAUUAUCGUCAGUUCAACUCAUUUUCAUCAAAUCAAAAUCAAAAUCAUAGUUACGAUUCCAAUUCGAGGAAUGACAAUCACAAUGAUGAAGAUAACAUAUUCGUGGUUAUUGAUGAACAAGAAAAAAGAUAUAAAGAAUUAGAAGAAAAGUUUAAUCAACUUGAAAAGAAAUUUAAUCAACAAUUAUUAUCAACAUCAUCAUUAUCGACACCAAUGAAUCAAGACCAACCUCAAACUCAGACUCAUGUACGACUUCAAAAUGGUAACAACGAGAGAGGACAAGUUCCAUCCCCUGCUCAAACCAAAGUAGUAGUUUCACCACAUUACGCCGUAACUUCACAUCCAUUGUUGAUCAAAUCAUGGCAAUCACAUCCACGUAUAUUUGAUGAAAAUUUAUUCGGUGUAACCGAUCCAAAGUCGUUACCUGAUAUAAUAGAAUCAGGUUUGUUAAAUAGAUCUCAAGUUGAAAUGGCUUUUCAGAUGUUCAAACAUCGAUUUUCACUCAUGUAUCCACUAAGUCCCUUCCUACGUUCAUCCACUUCCGCACCUCAAAACAGCCUGAUGAAUCUGGCUAUGUUGUAUCAUGUCGGACAUGAUUUGGUCUCAUCGAAUAAUUUGCAACAUCUACUGGAUCAAACUUUAUCAGCUGUUUUUUCAGGUGUAGUCAGCUAUGAAAUCGUUUUUGGACUGUUCAUCUUGUCUCUCUGUCCGGUACAAAAGUGUGAUCUACCUCGAUCCCAACCAAGUUCAUUACGCAUGAUCUCCUUGGCAUACCAGAUUGGAUGUGAUAUAGGUCUACCGCAAAUGGUUGAGAAUGUCAUGCGGCACAGGAAAGAUCUUGCUGAACCUUGGAUGGAAGGUAAGAUGGAUCUAGUCCUAUUGUGGUCUGCAGUCAUCAAUCGAUACAACAUACUUCAUAUAAUUUGUACACCUGUUUGUCGACGAAUUCCGUCUUCAGCUCUUUUAAUUCCUGACCAUCCGUCGGAGACAAUGCAAACGACAAUCAGACACCUUCGUAGCGAGGCUCUCCUGAUUAAUCUCGUAGAAGAUAUCAUUGAGAAUCUGGUUGAACUCGAAGUAGAUUGGACGCAAGAAAAGUUAAACCGAUGUACUGAAGAUUCCGGUAGAUUGAGAUCUGCUUUGAAACAGUUUAGGCAGAAUGUCAGACAAAGUGAUCUAACCAGAUCGCUCGAAUACGAUUCGAGAGCCAUUGAGUUUUCUCUCGUUAUUCGACUUGCUAUAUUCAUACAACAAAUGCCAUCUCCUGUCAAACCAGAUAUCAGAAUGCCUGGGCUUCACUUUAUCGGAACUUUUUGGCUACCAACCUCUCGCGCCAUGAUUGACUUGACCCACUCUAUGGGAAUUUCUCAGUCUGAUUGCUCUACAAUCGAUCCAGGAACAACAGGAAGAUCACGACCUUUUCCAUCAUAUAUCGUUUCAUCGGUAGCACUUGCCUUUGUUAGUUUAAGGAGGGCGAUGAUACAUACAGCUCAAACGCAUCCCGACGCUCAGUUAGUCGAGUAUGAAAUAGCCAGAAAAACAGAAAAAGUCUUGCUCGAUAUUGGAGGCACACCGUCUUUACUAGUCAAGCAUACAGCUGAACAAUUAGGUCCAUUGGGCGAAUCUCCAUAUCAGACCAACGGAUCAGUACCUGCACCUGGAAGUGGGAAUGGGACAAUACUCUCGACUUCAAAUGCUCUCUCGACUGAUUUAUUACCAGAUCUCAGCUGGCCCGGUUGGGAUUGGUCAACGUUACUACUUGACCCGUAUGCUUUCGAUGUCGGUUCUAGUAGUGGGAUUAACAUGACGUAG